UGCAGGCGGCGCUGUGGCAGAGCUCACGGUCAUGAAGACACACAGGACCUCAGCGAGUGAAUGAAAAAAUAAACUCGUUGAAACCACACAUGAAGUGAUCAGAUAUUUAUAGAAAAAGAUGUACCGAGGUACUUCGAACCCGGAUUAUCACCGACCUCCCGUACCCCAGGCAGGGUUCGGACAUCCCGCAGCAUCUUUUGGACUUCCGCCGUUCUGUCCACCUUUUGGGGUUCCUCCAGGGCCUCGAUACUGCGCUCCUCCGCCCGGUCCUCCUCCAGGACGACCGUAUGGAGCAGGGAAUGAAAACUACAACAGAGAAGCGUAUUACGAGAACCACCCCUUCACCAGCCACACUGCUGACCAAAGUGGUUCCACGCUGAUCAGCUCUCUGCUUACAUCUUCAAAUCAGCAUCAGCUUAGUCACGCCUCACAGAAUUGGUCAACCAAAAGUCUAGAUGAGCAAAACCAAGAAGUCCGGAAAAAGGCUGAAGAGUUUCUCAGAAUCCUGGAGGCAAGUGACCGGAUUGAGCUGCCGGGAGAUAAAAAUGACAGUGGUGAUCGCACAGCAGACAAGCAUCCCAGCCGAAUGCGGAGCCGGAGCAGAGGGAGGAGCCGUCCACGCAGUCGCAGCAGGAGCCGUGGAAGGAGCCGGGGGAGAAGUCGAGCUCGGAGCCGUGGAAAGAGUCGGCCUCGCAGCAAAACACGCAGCCGCAGUCGAGGUAAAAGCCGCACGAGGGCCAAAAGUCGUGCGAGAAGUCGUAGCCGCAGCCAGCGCAGUCAUGGGAAGAGCGGAGCACACAGUAAGAGUCAGUCGCGCUUGAGCCCCAGCCAGACAAAACAAGCUUCCAGAGGAACCGCUGAAGGCAAUCGCAGCUCAAGCAGCGCCGGCAGCGGAAGCAGCCUUGGCAGCAGUGCCAUGCCUGAUCUGUUUCAUGGGCUAAAACAGAUCCUACAAAACAAAGAUCUAGACAAACACCUGCCUUUGGUCAAGAAUGCCCUCCUUAGAAGCCAGAAUACUGAUGACACAAAGGGAACGUCUCCAGCAAAAGUAAGAGGCUUCCAGAACCUAGAACCUGAAGCCUGUGCUGAACUCUGCUAUGGUUCCAUGCUUCCUCAUGAGAGGGCUGGCAGAGACAGUGGCAGCUUUUCCAAUAUCUUAUCCUGGAACACACCCAAACAACAGCCUGAAACCAAGCCUGCGUACCAGAGUGUUGAAGAUGAAGAAAAAUUCCUUUACGGAGAGGAAGAGGAGCGCUCCAAACCUCAGGCCGUGACCGUUCCAUUGGCCCAGACGAGAUCUGUGAGGUCUCUGAUUCAUCCUCUCAGUAAAGAACACCAGACUCACGGUCUCCAGGAACCCAAAGCACAUGUCAUGCCUGCAAGUGUGCCGCCCGCUGCUUCUGGCACAACGAAAGUCACUCCAGAGGAAUGUGAGAAGGUGAGAACCCUCCUGAGAACCAUCGGCCUGAAUCCAGGCAUGGCUGAUAUCUGUAAAAUGGCUGCCAGACUAAAGGAAAAAAAGGAAGAACAUGGAACGCCUGCUUCGCUUCCGAUGCUCAAACCAACCCUGGAGGCACUGCAAGCAAUGUCCAGAGCGACCAAAACCGAUGACAGUAGGAGUAAUUGUUCUGGAAGCAGCCAUUCUAAUCACGAUUCCAAGCGCGAGGAGAAGAAGAAGAAUGAGAAGGAGAGAGAUAGACGAGAGAAACAGAUUCAAAAGAAAAGGAAAGAGUACUUGGUGAAGGAACUGGAGGGUCUCCUGAAACAGGAAGGCGAUGGUGAUUUGAUCCCGGUGAUGGGUUUCUUCUGCCAGCGUUGUGAGGAGUUCUUUGGUGAUCUGAACAGUGCAGAAAGACAUGUAGAAAGUCACAGCCGCAAGGACUGGAGCAAGACAACUGGGUCGCAGGAGCAGCACAGGGAUGCUAAGAGACAUGAAGACCAGCAUAACACAGCAUCUCACAGACAAGAGAGCCCAAACAGUAGGUCCUUAAGGAUCUACCAGGACCACAGGGAACGCAGUCCUGACGGAAAGCGCACCAGAGACGAAAGAAGUCCUCAUUCUACUGAUAGCAAACUCAAAAACGAGCCAGAGGGCAAAGACAAUAAAGAUGAGAGUAAAGACAAGCGCAAAGAGAAAAAGGAUAAAACUGAUGAUGAUGAUGUAGAAUCAACAAAGAGUGAGAAAAAGAAAAAGAAGAAGGAGAAGAAAAUGAAGAAAAAAGAAAAGAAGAAGAAAAAGGACAAGAAAAAAUCAGAUAAGGAGUCACCUUAGUUUUAAUGAUCUUUUUUCUAAAAGCAUCAGCUGUGUGUUUGAGCCACAUUUCGAUCAGCAGUCCUCGAUGAGUCUUCUCUGGUUGAAGGCCUCAGAAUGUCUAGACAUGGUUGUUAAAAUGUUAAUGCAUCCUGUAGGUGACACUCCAACUGCAUACAGUGUAGAACCGGACGCUCAGCUUGCAUAGUCACUUUUAAUGUGAAGAACCAGAGAUGAUGUGAAACUGAAACUAAGGUCAGAGCCUUCUAUAAAUGCGCAGACAUGCUGGUUGUAUAUUCAGCCCAGCCUGAAGUUUGUCCCACUCGUCAUUAUCCUAUCAAGUGUUCCACAAACCAAACACGCUGCAGCGGUUUAGUUCUGAAACAUUUGUGUGCAGGAAUAAAAGGUUUUUUGGAUUAGA